AUGCAAAACCAGUGAAAAACGGAACGAACUGAGUGAGCAGAUAUAAGAACGAAACCGACCGAACAUUAUCAGAUCGACGAUCGACAACGAUGGCCGACAAGGAGGAGCAGGGAGGAGGCGAACAGGAUGAUGUCUCUUUUCUCCGAACGGGAGACAUCGUCUGCCUCUCCUGCGUUGCCUCACACAAUAGAGAUGGAGUUCUCGGGUCAGAAAGAGUUUGUUUGUGCACCGAAGGCUUUGGAAACCGGAUGUGCACACUGGAAAACGUGUCGGACAAGGACAUCCCGCCAGAUAUUGCAAUGUGCAUGCUUUACAUCGAUAACGCACUGUCGAUGAGAGCAUUACAGGAAAUGAUGUCAGCGGAUAGUGAUCAUAAGUCUGCAUCCGGCGCUGGUGGUCACAAAACACUGUUAUACGGACACGCGGUACAGCUGAAGCAUGUUCAGAGUGAAAUGUACCUCGCUUGUCUAUCAUCAUGCUCUUCAAAUGACAAACUUGCUUUUGAUGUAGGAGUUCAAGAAACUAAUGAAGGAGAAGCAUGUUGGUGGACAAUUCAUCCAGCAUCCAAACAAAGAUCAGAAGGAGAAAAGGUGCGCGUCGGUGAUGACGUCAUUUUGGUCUCAGUUGCAACAGAAAGAUAUUUGCACAUGGCCUACAGUAAAGGCUACAUGGUGAUUGCCUCAUUUCACCAAACACUAUGGAAUAUCCAGUCAGUCAGUUCUGGAAGCAUGAGAACAAGGAAUAUGGGUUUCCUCUUCGGAAAUGACGUACUGAGGUUGUUCCACGGAAAUGAUGAGUGCUUGACAAUUCCAGAAAACUGGAGUGAGCAUCCACAACACAACAUGGUAAUCUACGAAGGAGGCGCUGCAGUGACACAAGCCAGGUCACUAUGGCGAGUAGAAUUGAUUCGAAUGAAAUGGCAUGGUGCACUUGUCGGAUGGGAGCAAGUGUUUCGAAUCAAGCAUAUCACUUCAGGACGAUAUCUUGGAGUACUGGACAAUUCUGUGCAAUUGUACCAUAAAGAGAAAGCGGAUUUCGAUCUUACUGCAUUUGUGAUGUGUCAGAAUAAAGAUCCAAAGAAGCAGAUGCUGGAUGAGAAAGAGGAAGAAGGAAUGGGAAAUGCUACAAUCAGAUAUGGAGAGACAAAUGCUUUUAUUCAACACGUGAAAACUCAGCUCUGGUUGUCCUAUCAAACAACUGAAGUUACAAAGAAAGGACUUGGAAAGGUGGAAGAGAAGAAAGCAGUUGCUCUGAAAGAUGGUCACAUGGAUGACUGUUACACUUUCUUUAUGGCUUUAGAAGAAGAAUCCAAAUCAGCUAGAGUCAUUAGGAAAUGUUCAUCGGUUCUCAAUAAAUUCUUGAAAGGAAUCGAUGCAUUGCAACUUGAAGGAAACCAAUCAACGGAUUGGACAAGAGUCGAUCUCAAUGAAGUUUUAAAAUUGAUGGAAGAUCUCAUUGAAUACUUUGCACAACCAAAUGAUGAGCAAGACUUUGAGGAGAAACAGAAUCACUUGAGAGCUCUUCGUAGUCGGCAAGAUCUUUUCCAAGAAGAAGGAGUUCUUAAUAUGAUUCUUGACACUAUCGACAAAUUCUCUCAAAUGGAGGCGCUUCCUGAUUUCGCUGGAUUAAUCGGAGAAGAGACUCAUGUGAAAUGGGAGCAGAUCUCUACUUAUCUGUAUCUUUUGGUAGCUGCUAUGAUUAAGGGAAAUCAUUAUAAUUGUGCCCAAUUUGCCUCAGCUCAGAGACUGGAUUGGUUGUUCGGAAGAUUAAGCAACCCACAAUCAGCCGAAGGAAUUCUUGAUGUACUGUAUUGUGUGCUUACUGAAUCUCCAGAAGCUUUGAAUAUGAUUAACGAAGGGCACAUUCGAUCUGUCAUUUCUUUGUUAGAAAAAGUAGGAAGAGAUCCAAAAGUGUUAGAUGUGCUGUCGUCAUUGUGCGAAGGAAACGGGAUGGCUGUCAGAAGUUCACAAAACCUGAUCACUCAGUACCUUCUGCCUGGGAAAGAUCUUCUCCUGCAAACAUCAAUGAGGGAUCACGUAUCCAGUAUGAUGCCAAAUGUCAUGUUGGGAGUCGUUGAGGGAUCUGCUCUAUUUAGAAAAUGGUACUUUGAAGCUGAAGUUGAGCAUAUCGAGACUAUGACAAAACAAACUCCAUACCUUCGCAUCGGAUGGGCAAAUAGUGUCGGAUUCAAGCCAUUUCCAGGAUCUGGAGAUAAAAUGGGUUGCAACGGAGUUGGAGAUGAUUUUUAUUCGUAUGGAUUUGACGGAAAAUCAAUGUACUUUGGUGGAAAAUCUAGACGAGUCGGCCACAAGUUACUGGAGAAAGGUGAUGUCAUCGGAUGUUCCAUUGACUUGACGAUUCCUGAAAUUAAGUUUAGUGUCAAUGGAACAUAUAUGAGUGGAUCAUUCAAAAAGUUCAACAUUGAUGGAUAUUUCUUCCCAGUAAUGUCUCUUUCUGCAAAGGUUUCCUGUCGGUUUAUUCUUGGAGGAAACCAAGGAAGAUUACGCUAUGGUCCACCGACUGGAUUUUCAGCAGUUGUUGAAGCAGUCAACGGAGAACUUCAAAUUACGGAUUGUCUAUCGUUUGGUGAUCUGGGAAAGAAUAUUUUCAGUGGUCCACAAACAAUUUUCAACAACUUGGAACCAUUUAUUCCAACACCAAUUGAUGUUUCCGCAACUCAACUGAACCAUCAUGCAACGGAAAUGCAUCAGAAAUACGCUGAGAACUUGCAUGAGCUUUGGGCAAUGAGGAAGAUUGAACUGGGAUGGUCGUAUGGAGAAACACGUUCAGAAACUUCCAGAAAACAUCCAUGUCUCACAAAGUUUGAGUACUUACCUGAAACUGAAAAGAAAUACAAUAUCUUACUGGCACUCACAACAAUGAAAACAAUCGAAGCCCUUGGCUACCAUCUCAUUACUGAGGAUCCUCCGUGCAGACUGAGAGCAGUUCGAUUAGGUCCAAACUUCCAACAGCAAAAUGGAUACAAACCUGGUCCAUUGGAUACACAUGAAAUUCAACUUCCAGCCGAACUUCAACCACUCACCGAGGCGCUUGCUAGAAAUACACAUAACAUUUGGGCUAAAGAAAAAAUCAAGAGAGGUUGGACGUUUGGGCUCAGUGAGCACGUGGAUGCAACACAAAAACGGUCACCACAUCUCGUUCCUUAUGAACAAGUUGAUGAAAGAAUCAAGCAAGCCAAUCGAGAAUCGGCAGCUGAAAAUAUCAGAGCUCUGCAACUUUUUGGAAUCUUUUUAGAACCACCAGCGCAUGAACACGAUGAAGUUGCCGAGAAGGAGCUGAGAGCGAGAAAAGAUAACACAAGAACAUACAGAGCAGAAGCCACAUAUGCAGUCUGUGGAGGAAAAUGGUAUUUUGAAUUUGAAAUUUUGACUGCUGGUUACAUGAAAAUUGGAUGGAUGGAUAUCGGAUCAACGCCAGAAAUUCAAUUGGGAGCCGACGAUAGAAGUUAUGCCUUCGAUGGUUAUCUCGGAAGAAAAUGGCAUCAGGGAGCGGAAACUUAUGGAAAAGAAUGGAAAAUCGGAGAUGUUGUUGGAUGUUUCCUUGAUCUCAAUGAUAGAACAAUCAGUUUCUCUCUCAAUGGAGAGCUCCUCCUUGACCCAUCCGGAUCUGAAAUGGCUUUUGAUAACGUAGUAUGUGGAGAUGGUUUGGUUCCUGCAAUGACGCUUGGAAGUGGACAAAGAGGUCGACUCAACUUUGGUCAGCAAUCCAACUCAUUAAAGUUCUUCACCACAUGUGGUCUGCAAGAAGGUUAUGAGCCUUUCUGUGUCAAUAUGUAUAGAACAAUGCCAAUGUGGUUUGCGAAGCAACUUCCAAGAUUCGAGGACAUAUCUACAUUGAAAUCUGGUUCCAUUCUAGAAGUCUCAAGAAUUCCAGCAACAGGAAACAGUCCGCCAUGUUUAAAAAUUCUUCAAAAAGUCACAAUUUCCGAAGGAGGUCCUUCAGAAAAAGCAAAAAUGGAGUAUAUCAAAUUGUCGCUUCCAGUUAAAUGCAAUGACACGUUUGUGAAAAAUAAAGACAAGGAAACAAUCCGGCGCCAGCUGCAGGAGUACAAACCAAGAUCCCAAUCAGUGGUCAGUCAAAUUCGAGCGCCAGGAAUUCCGAAAGAGUUUGAUGACAACAAGGAAAAGAAAGGAUUCCUACGAAGCAUGUUAGGUUCUAAAGAUUCUCAUGAAUCCGAUGAUGAUCGCCGCUCGAGGACCAACUCCAAACAACCAAGUGUUGAUGGGGAUGAGCCACCAGCAGUUAGAAGAAGUCUACUGGAACUGCCACAUGAUGAGCGACAAAUUGCUGAAGACAGUAUGAGAGACUUAAACGAUCGUCAUUCUGAGAAACCAAAGAAGGGAGGUCUUCUAAGCAGGCUCAGAGAUUCAAGUAAUACUCGCAAAAACUUCAGGGAUAGUGAUAGAAGGAAAGAAGAAAAAGCUGCACAAUUGCGACAAAUGAAGGCAAAUUCAAGAAGUUUUGAUGCAGGAAGUCUUGAUACGUCAACCCUUCCAACUGGUCAGAAGGAUGUAUUGGCCUCUAGCGAGAUGCCACUAUCCGGACCAGGUCGACAAUUGACGAUCAAGAGAAGUUCUAUUAAGAAAAACAAAAAAGGAAAGAAGGCCGAAAUCGCUCUUGAGAAGAUGGAACGAGAGAAGAAAGGCUCAAUUAUACCAAUGGAUGCUCAGCUAGAUGUGCUCCAAGAAGGAGACGCCCAUGCACUUGUUCACCACAAGGAUAAGGUUGAUGAAUACUACUACGGUAUCAGAAUCUUCCCAGGGCAAGAUCCAUCUCAAGUAUGGGUUGGAUGGGUCACCACACAAUACCACUAUUAUAAUGUCAACUUUGAUGGAAGUCAAGGAGUCAGAAAAUGUAGAUUCUCAGAAGCCGAUCAUCACGGAACUACUGUUGACAGUGUGCAAUCCCAAAACUGUUACAUGGUUAAUGUUUCUGAACUUUUGGCAACAACUCCUGAUGUAGCAAACACCAAAGUCUCUGGAACUCUUAUUGGUUGUAUAAUUGAUACUUCAAUUGGAGAGCUCAGUUUCCAAGUUGGAUCUACAGAUACUGGAAUUAAGUUCAAACUUGAGCCAGGCGCAAUGCUUUUCCCUGCUGCAUUUGUGACACCAACUGCAACAGAGAUUCUCCAAUUUGAGCUUGGUCGAAUCAAAUACACAUUUCCAUUAUCUGCAGCAAUGUUCAAGUCUUGCGAGAAAUCUCUCGUGCCAUUCUGCCCGCCACGACUUACAGUAGAGCAAAUCGAGUCAGUGUACUGGGCUCGUGUGCCCAAUGAGACGUUGAGGACAACUGCUCUGAAACUUUCAGAAGUUCGCGGUUGGUCUGUUCUUUGCAAUGACCCCGUUCGAAUUAUGUCAGUCUACAUUCCGGAAAAAGAUCAGUCCCUGGAUAUUCUCGAAAUGAUUGAAAUGCCCGACAUGCUCGAAUUCCACAGGCAAACUUUGAAUUUGUAUUGUAAACUUGCAAGUCAUGGAAAUCACAAAGUAGCGCACACCUUAUGUCAGCAUAUUGAUGAAGAUCAAAUUAUGUAUGCGAUCAAGUCACAUUAUCUAUCCGGACCAAUGAGGCAAGGAUUUCAUGAUUUGCUGAUUGGUUUGCACUUGAUGAGUCACACAGCUGCCAGAAACAGUAUGGCAAAAGAAUAUGUGAUUCCACUGGUACCACAGCUGCAAAUCAAAAAUGUUUUGGAUCCUGAUAGUGAAUCGAGAUAUCCCCAAAUCACAGGAGAAUCUGUAUCCAUGCUGUCACAAAUGGCAUCCGAACCAGUAAAGAAGCAUGUGAGCAGAGAAGAUGAAAUGAAGUUAUUACCACCAUCGGUUGACUUCGAAGCUCUCAAAAAACAUGUAAUGGAAUCUCUUCAAUCAGCUACACACCAUGCUGUCAUGAACUGUAGAGAUUUGAUCGGAGGAGAUAACACAAAUCAUUUUGAGCCCCUUUUCAAGCUUUUUGAUCAACUUUUGGUUAUUGGACUUAUCAACGACGAGGAGCUUGAAUGUCUUCUUCGUCUCAUCCAUCCACAAGCUUUUGAUGAGAACUAUGAGACUGGGACUACACAGAAAGGGCUAACACAGCUUGAACUAGCUGAACCAGUGAAAAUUCAAUUAGUCAGCAUUCUCGAUCAUCUUUGCGAUAUUCAACUCCGUUACCGGAUUGAGUCCCUUGUCGCGUUCACUGAAGGUUUUGUUGGAGAACUGCAAUCCGAUCAAUGCAAACGUUACAUGGAGAUCAAGCAAACUGACAUGCCACCCGCAGAAGCUGCGAAGAAAACCAAAGAGUUCAGAUGUCCACCAAAAGAACAAAUGUUCCGAUUGUUGAUGUGUAAAGUGAAAGAAGAAAGAGAUCCUGAACUGAUGGAGGAAGAUGCAGAUGUUGAUCAAUGCCCUAUGGCUGAAGGUUUGCAACAACAGCUGAGAGAUUUCUGCGAAUUAUUAGUUGGAAAAAUUGGAAAUGUGAAAGAAGGCGAUUCUGAUGAUCAGUUGGCGUUGAUAGAGUCUGAAGAAGGAUCGUGGGUUGAUUCAUUUGCCCGGAUUGUAGUCAAGGUGCCACCGCCAGUUUUAGAAGAAGGAAUGGAAAUGCAGAAGAAGGGAACACAAAACUUCAGAGAAAUCAUAGUCACAAUGCUUCGAGAAUGGGCACAAGCAGACUUUAUCGAAAGCAAAAGUCUCAUUCGCAAUAUGUUCAGACUUCUCCUUCGCCAAUAUUCUGGCAUCAGAGAAAUUCGUGAUGCGAUGUCUCAAACUUAUGUGUUCCAUGAAAGAAAUGAAAAAGAUGUGACAGACUUCCUGGUGUACCUCAUACAAAUCCGCGAGCUUCUUACCGUACAAUUUGAGCAUACUGAAGAGGCAAUUCUGAAGAGAGGAUUGUGGAAGUUGAUGAACAACAGGAUAUUCUUCCAACAUCCAGAUCUGAUGAGACUUCUUUCAGUCCACGAAAAUGUAAUGUCUAUUAUGAUGAACAUUCUCACAGCUCAGCAGGGAACCGUCGAACAUGAAGGAGAUGAAUUGAAAGAGAAAGCACCAAUCAAGGAUGCAUCUGAAAUGGUCGUUGCAUGUUCCAGAUUCCUUUGCUAUUUCUGCAGAACAUCCCGUCAAAAUCAAAAAGCAAUGUUCGAACAUCUAUCAUUCCUUCUUGACAAUGCAACUAUGCUUCUUGCAAGACCAUCUUUGAGAGGAUCAGUUCCACUUGAUGUUGCCUACUCAUCGUUUAUGGAUAACAAUGAACUCGCUCUUGCUCUCAAAGAAGAAGAACUUGAUAAAGUAGCCGUCUACUUGUCGAGAUGUGGAUUGCAGCCGAACUCGGAAUUGAUCACUAAGGGAUAUCCAGAUAUUGGAUGGGAUCCAGUUGAAGGCGAAAGAUACAUCGAUUUCCUGAGAUUCUGUGUCUGGAUCAAUGGGGAAAACGUGGAAGAAAAUGCAAAUCUUGUCAUUCGUCUGCUGAUUCGCAGACCCGAAUGCCUUGGUGUUGCUCUGAAAGGAGAAGGACAAGGAUUGUUCUCUGCUUUCAAAGAGGCUAUCGCAUUAUCCGAAGACAUCAGACUACUCGAAAAUGAUUCUCAUCCGUCGUUGUUGUCAUCUGGACUACUUGGAGAGAACCCAACGUAUCCAUCAAAAGAUGCGGAAGGAGAAGAUUACAUCGAUUUAGGAGCUGCAACUCUAGAUUUCUACUCAAGUCUGGUAGACUUGCUCGCUAAGUGUGCUCCUGAUCCAAUGGCUAUACAGGCCGGAAAAGGAGAUUCUCUUCGCGCUCGUGCUAUUCUCAGAUCUCUUAUUUCACUCGACGAUCUUGGUCAGAUCUUGGCUCUAAGAUUUACAAUCCCCAAUCUCGCAGCUCCGUCAAUCGAAGCUGUCCGUCGUGCUAACGCCGUUCAGGCAUCUCAUACCCAGAAAGCCGUGAUGGCUCACACGUUUGCUAUGGUUGCAUCUCUGGCGUCUGAAGUUUCCAACACCCGACGAUCCCAAACAUUUACCUCCGGCACCAACCUUGCUAAGAGAGGAUUACCUUGUGUUGAGGAGGUUGAUACCGAUGAUUCCAAAUCUUCUGAUUAUGCUUCGGUACAUACUUCUUUUUCAAGUGGAAAUGAAUUAUUUGCACCAAAGGCAGAAAAAGAAAAAGUUGAUGUGUUGAAAUUGAAUGAAAAUAAAUAUCCGAUCAUUCAACGAAGAAGAUCCAGCCGAUUCAACCCGAUUGACAAUACCGGACCGCUACCAGGCCUACUUCCAAACCAUAAGGGAUCAGUUUUGCUGUUCUUAGAUCGAGUAUACGGAAUUGAUCAACAAGAUAUGCUCUUCCAUGUUCUUGAGCAAUCGUUCCUGCCCGAUCUCCGCGCUGCGACAAUGAUGGAUUCGCCACGAGCUCUUGAAUCUGAUACAGCUCUUGCGCUCAAUCGUUACCUUUGCAAUUCUGUCCUGCCACUUCUGACCAAUCACUCACACUUCUUUGCCGACGCAGAACAUCACUCUGCUCUUCUUGAUGCGACUCUGCAUACAGUUUACAGAAUGAACAGACUGAAAUCUUUGACUAAAAAUCAAAGAGAUGCGGUUUCGGAUUUCCUGGUUGCAAUCACAAGAGAACUGCCACCAGCGAUGAUGAUCAAAUUGUUAAAGAAAGUGAUUACGGAUAUUUUGACAAUGAAUGACAUGAAUGUUCUGGUACCACUUCGUUUAAUCACCUUGCAUUAUGAAAGAUGUGGAAAGUAUUACGGGUCUGGAAAUCACUAUGGAGUUGCCAGUGAGCAAGAGAAAAGACUCUCAAUGCUUCUUUUCGAUGCUAUUUUUGACACUCUUGGUAGUCGCCCUUACGAUCCAGAACUAUUCGGGAAAGCUCUUCCGUGCAUGACUGCAAUUGGAAGUGCCAUUUCACCAGAUUACACACUUACCAGCGGACUUGAAGAUGUCAGAAAUAAGAGAAGAGAGGAAGAAGGUGCUUGGAUUCCACGAACUGUUGAUGUCUCUCGUUGUGAAAUUAAUCGUGAUCUCGAGAAAAUGACGGAGCUGUUUGCUGAGCACUUCCACGAUUCAUGGGCGAGCAGAAAAUUGGAAAAGGGAUGGGUUCAUGGUGAUUUGUAUUCCAGAGCCAAUUUCACUCAUCCACGUCUGAAACCAUUUGCAUUGUUGAAAGAUUUCGAAAAAUCAUUCUACAAGGAGAGAUGCUCAGAGUGCUUGAAAGCCUUGAUGGCAUGGAAUUACUCUUUCGAAAUGAUGGAUAGAGAUGCGAAUGAUAGAGCAUCAGCUGCAAGGACUCUUUCAGGAACAUCAAUUUCCAACUUUGCUCCAAAACCAAUUGACUUGAGCUCAAUGACCUUAGAAAAAGAUAUGGUGAAUGCUGCUGAAAAGAUGGCAGAGCACUCGCAUUUGAUUUGGGCAAAGAAGGUGAUGAACGAUCUGAACACAAAAGGAGGAUUCAUGCCAAUUCCUCUUGUACCGUGGGAUUUGCUCACUGAUUUUGAGAGAAGAAAGGAUAGAUUCAGAGCUUCAGAAAUUCUCAAAUUCUUGCAAUAUCACGGAUAUCAUGUCAACUGCCCGAAAGACGAGCAAUCUCAAAAUGAUCGUUUGAAGAGUGAGGGCGAGAGAACUUCCGUUGAAAAGAGAUUUGCAUACAAUCUUCUGGAGAAACUGAUUACAUAUUUGGAGCAAGCUAGUUUAAAAAUGAAAUCAGUGAAGCCAUCUCAAGAAUUGACUCGCAGGAAUUCAUUCAAAAAAGAGGGACAGGAUGUCAAAUUCUUUGAAAAAGUUGUUCUUCCAUUGAUGCAUGCAUAUUUCAACGCCCACAAAAAUUAUUUCUUGGAGGGAUCAUCCAUUGUUCAGACUGGAACUGCUAGUAAUAAAGAAAAGGAAAUGGUUGCCAAUUUGUUCUGUCGUCUUGCCGCCUUGCUCCGUAUCAAAAAUCGAGCAUUCGGAAGUGUCGCCAAGAUUACUGUAAAGUGUCUUCAAGGGCUAACUCAAGCUCUUGACCUAAGAACACUGGUAAAAGUGAACUCGGAUAUUGUCCGUACAUCUCUUCUUACUUUCUUCAAUAACUGUGCUGACGAUCUUUAUGCUUCUGUUAACGAACUCAAGGAUGGAGGGCAAUAUUCAUUGAUCAGAGGACAGGCACUCAAAUCAUGGAAUUCCUUCGAAUUUGCCAAUCAAAUGAUCGUUCCGGUGCUCACAACAAUGUUUGCUCAUCUGGCAAGAAAUCAUUUUGGAACUGAUUUACUUUUGGACGACAUCCAAGCUGCAUGCUACAAAAUUCUUGAUUCUCUGUACAUGGUCACUGGACUGAGCAGCUCAAUUUCGCACAGAAAAAGUAUCAGCGGCGAGAGUGAAAAGCAUCGUCCUGGACUUGGUCAAUGUCUUGCUGCCUUUGCAUCUUGUUUCCCAGUGGCAUUCCUUGAGCCCGAGUUCAACAAAAGCAACAAGUUCUCGGUUCUCGCAAAGUCUCAAGAUCAAUCAGUUCAAGUGCAAGAGAUGCUUCAAAACUUGUCAACUCACAUUCCGCAUUUGGAAAAACUACUGACGGACCUUGAAACUGUUGCAAACAACAAUACAAUGUACUCAGAUGUACCUAAUGUUUAUGACGUGGAUCUUCCGCUAAUGUGCUCGUAUAUGGCCCAUUGGUUUAGUGUUGGACCAGAUGGAAAGAGAGAUAAGGAAGAUCAAAGAGCAAGUGUUGUACAAACUACUAGCGUUAGUUGUGACCACAUUAACAGAAUAUUCAAUGCUCUUCUGAAAAUGAUUCGUAAUCAUGUGGGAAUUGAAAAUGCUCCAUGGCUUUGUAGAGUUAAUUUCUUUGCUGUUCAAAUCAUCCAAAACGUCACAUCUGAUCCCGUUCGUGAAUUUGUACUUCCAAUUGCCGAGAGGCUUCGAAGAAUGAGUGAAAAAGCAUACAAAGAGGAAGAGCACAUGCGGACUCAUCCAGAUGAUGCUGAUGAGGGAACCGUUGCAGAGGACAACGCUCGCCUCGUCCGUGACACUUACGCAUUCUUCCCAAUUCUCAUGAAAUACACGGAUUUGCAUCGUGCUCAAUGGCUCAAAACACCAACGUGGGAGACGGACGGAGUAUAUGAAAAUGUAGCUGUCAUCUUCCGUAUUUGGAGUCAAAGUCAACAUUUCAAACGUGAAGAGCUGAACUAUGUGGCUCAAUUUGAAGAGGAUGCUGCAGCCACGGGCGGUGGAGACAUGAAAACUGGAAAGGCGGCGAUUGCAGAGAGAAAGAAGAAGAGACGGGAAGGACAGGAUAAGAUGAAAGAGUAUUUCGACAGAAAUGGAAGACCGAUUAUCAAAAAAGAUAAACAUGCUGCAAGUAUUGUCAUUGCCUGUUUGAAGAGAUUACUACCAGUUGGGCUAAACGUCUUUGGAGGAAGAGAGCUCGAUAUUGUGCAACAAUCAAAGGAGAAGUUCAUCCAGAAGGAAACUGAAGAGAAGAUUCGAGAGUUCAUCAAGGGUCUUUUAGAAAUUCCAGUCAAAACAGAUCCAACUGACAAAAAUGCGUGGCAACUUUCCCUCUACCGUAAAAUAGGAAAGAGUCAAAUGCGCGGCAAAGACGAAAUGUCACAAGAUGCUGUGAUUGAGAAAAUCUUCAAUAUGGGACAAGUCAGCGCCAUUCUCCACACGAUGACUUCUCGAAUGGAGAAGGAAGACAUUUGGAAGAAGGUGCUUACCCUCCAAAGAAAACGAAUGGCUAUCUCCCUUAUCACCGCUUCUCAUCUGUACAAAACGGAACUGCAUCGUGGUAUCAACUUUUUCCUUCCCGCAUUUUCAAGGCUUUGGAUGGAAGAAGAAGAUGCUGGACAAGAUCAGUUGAUUGCUGAUAUUUGUUCUGGAGUUGAAGAGGAAGAAGGUCCAAGAAUUGAAAUUAUUAUGGAAGAGGGAGUCCCAAUUGUUGCAAGCUCCGAAGAUACAAAAGAAAAGGAAACCAAUCCAGAUCCUCUUAAACAGCUUAUUAGGUGCUUCCAAAGAGCAGCAACCAGUGAAGAAACUGCGGCUUCAGCUAUUCACGAAGACAGUCUAUACAUCAGAUUUGCUGAUGUUAUGGCAAAAUCAAUCCAUAUCGAAGAGGAAGACGGAGAAGACGGAGAAGAAGGGGAAAUUGAUCAAGCUGCCAAAGAAGAACAAUCACAAGCUCUUCGCGGUGAGCAGGCAGUUUUGGCGAGCAGAGGAGCAGCUAUCAUGUGCCUCAUGUACCUGUCGGCGUCUGGAGGUGAACCAAAUGAAAUGGUCGCUCAGACUCUUCAGCUUGGAAUUCAUUUACUCAGCGGUGGAAACGUUGAAAUUCAAAAGAUGCUCAUCGAAUAUCUCCAGCUCAAAAAAGAUGUUCGAUUCUUCACUUCCAUGGCUGGUUUGAUGAACAAGUGUUCCGUUCUCAAUCUAGAAAUGUUUGAACGUCAAAUCAAGGCUGAAGGUCUUGGAAUGGGAGCUGAACUUGCAUCGGGCGACAAUCAAAACUUGAACGAUGCAGACUUCACAUGCUCACUGUUCCGGUUCUUGCAACUCACUUGUGAAGGGCACAACCUGGAAUUCCAAAACUACCUCCGAACACAACCUGGGCAUACAACAAGCGUCAACUUGAUCAACUGCACUGUCGAUUAUCUUCUUCGUCUUCAGGAGUCGGUUAUGGACUUCUACUGGCAUUAUUCUAGCAAAGAAGUAAUUGAUGAAGGUGGAAAAGAAUACUUCCUUCGUGCAAUUCAAGUGUGUAGUCAGGUGUUCAAUACACUCACUGAGUCGAUUCAGGGUCCAUGCGUUGGUAACCAGAUGACUUUGGCCAACUCUCGCCUUUGGGAUGCCAUCAACGGUUUCUUCUUUCUUUUUGCUCACAUGAUGGAGAAACUUUACAAGAAUUCUACCCAACUUGAACUUCUCCGAGAGUUCCUUAACUUACAAAAAGACAUGAUUGUUCUCAUGCUUUCCAUGCUUGAAGGGAAUGUUUUGAACGGUUCAAUUGGUAAGCAGAUGGUGGACGCUCUCGUGGAAUCCCAACCAUCCGUGGAGAAGAUUUUGAAAUUCUCGGAUAUGUUCUUGAAGUUGAAGGAUUUGACCACAUCUCAAGCCUUCCAAGACUUUGAUACAAAUCAAGACGGAUGGAUUAGUCCUAAAGAAUUCCAACGUGCAAUGGAAAGUCAGAAGAUGUACACUGUAGAAGAUAUUACAUAUCUGAUGAUGUGUACUGAUGUUAACAACGAUGGAAAAGUUGACUACAUGGAAUUCACUGAACGAUUCCACAAUCCUGCGAGAGACAUUGGUUUUAACUUGGCAGUGCUGCUUGUCAACCUGAAGGAGCACAUCACAAAUGAUCCAAGACUCGAAAAGAUCAUAGAGAAGGCUCAAACACUUCUGGAAUACUUUGACCCAUUCCUUGGAAGAAUCGAGAUUAUGGGAUCAUCAAAGAGAGUUGAGAAAAUUUACUUUGAAAUUCAAGAAUCGUGGCUGGAACAAUGGGGAAAACAACAGAUUAGGGAUUCGAAGAACUCGUUCCUUUUCAAUGUUUUGCAAGACGAUGGCGGUGACCAAGGAAAACUUGAAGCUUUCAUCAAUUUCUGUGAAGACACUAUUUUUGAAAUGCAGCAUGCCGCGGCGAUUUCUUCUGGGGAUAGUGACACCAAGAUGGAAAGAGCUAUCAAACAGAGAGACUAUUUCUUGCAACAAACUUCUGCAGACCACAUUUCUGAAACAUUCAAGAGCGGUUACAACUAUGGUAUCUCGGCAGCGUCAGCACUCAGUCCUCAAAACAUUUCAACAACGAUGAGGAAUGUUUCAUCUUCGGUUCGACAGAUGUCAUGGACACAAUUGCUUUAUGCAGUCAUAAUUCUUUUCAUCAGAGCAGGAUUGGCGAUUGGUUGGGCAGGAUAUCUCCUUCUCAUGACAAUAUUCAGAUUCGGCUAUUUCCUGACGACGUCAUCUGAAGAGGAAGAAGCCGCGAGACAAGAAAAGGAACAAGCAAAGAUGAAUAAUGAACAUCCAUCAUUCAAUCCUCCAAUUAUACAAGAAUUCCAUCAUUCUCAUGUUGGAGUGACUGCCUUCGGAGUCGGUAUGAAUGCAGAUCAUCUGAAUGUUAACUCAUUGCCAGACUUCGUGCCACCUGAAAGACCAGAAACUCCUGAAACAGUAUUAGAAGAAGAAAAACCUCUUAAUCAAGAAACUUCCCCACCAACAUCCCCAACUUCUCCAGCAAGCAAGGCACCAAGCAUUUAUGAAUCUAUCGGUGCACCUCAAAUGGUUCAGCUCCAGUCGGAAGCUGACUUCCAGCAAGGUCAAUACGAGCCGAAGAUUGCGGAGUCCAACUCCACAAAGAGCCGCGGAUCUAUACUUAAUAUGCUUGCAAGAAACUUCAAAACAAUCGAAAAGAUCACUUUGUACUUGGCUUUCUUCAUCAAUGUUAUUCUUUUGUUCCACAGAGUAGAUAUCUCACAUGCUGAAAAUGCUGAAGCUGCAUCGGAAGGAGACGACGAUGAAGAUGCUCUUGAAUCGAUCUUCAUAACAGGAAUGCAAUUCCCAUACGUGGAAUAUGAGAUCACUGGAUGGAUGUUAGCACAAAUUCUUUAUUGGAUUAGUGUUCUUCAUUUGUCUACUUCAUUUGCUCUUUUGGUCUCAUUCUAUCAACUCAAGAUUCCACUUAUCACUUUCAAGCGUGAGAAGGAAAUUGCCAGAAAAUUGAUGUUCGAUGGUUGCUGGAUAACUGAAGAAGACUCGGAAGAACUAGGAAUUGUGGAUACUUUCAUGUGGUAUCUUGAUAGAAUUGUUGUCUCUGCAAAGUCAUUCCCGAUGAUGUACUGGGACAAGUUUGUCCGCAGAAAGACUCGUUCAAAGUUCAAGGAUCAAGUAGACGAGGAGACAUUGACUUCGAUCUUGGGAGAAGAGAAAAUGUCGACAGAUUCCAGCUACGACUACAGAUACUCCUGCUGGUUGUGGAUUGGUGUGAUCCUUACCAAUGGGCAAUUCCUGUACCGUGUUGGAUACCUUCUCUGCUCAGCGUGCGGAGUGUUCCUAUCACCAUUCUUCUACGCUUUCCACUUGAUUGACGUCGUGCUCUCAUUCCCUAUGUUAAAGGCUAUUCUUCAAUCAGUUACACACAACUUGCAACAACUCAUUCUCACCAUCAUGAUGACACUUGUAGUCGUGUAUCUCUACACUGUCAUCGCGUUCAAUUUCUUCCGUAAAUUCUAUGUUCAAGAGGGUGAAGAGGGCGAAGAGCCAGAUCGAAAGUGUCACAAUAUGCUCACCUGUUUCAUUUACCAUUUUUAUGCCGGAGUGCGUGCCGGUGGAGGUAUUGGAGAUGAGCUCGAGAGUCCAUAUGGCGACGAUUUGGAAUAUCCAAGAAUGUUCUACGACAUCUCAUUCUUCUUCUUCGUCAUUAUUAUUCUUCUUGCUAUCAUGCAGGGUUUGAUCAUCGACGCUUUCGGAGAGCUUCGUGAUCAACAAGAAUCUGCAACUGAGAAGCUCGAGUCAUCAUGUUUCAUUUGCGACAUCGGCAAAGAAACGUUUGAUCGGAUGCCUCGAGGCUUCGAAAUUCACACCACCAAAGAGCACAACUUUGCCAAUUACCUGUUCUUCUUACAACAUCUGGUCAACAAAGACGAAACAGAGUACACUGGUCAAGAAACGUACGUACGUGAGAAGUACGAUAAUCGAGACUGGGACUUCUUCCCUGUCGGAGAGUGUUUCGUCAAACAGUACGAGGAUCAAUUGCUCCAAUCAUAAAAAAUCUUUCAUCAGCAGAAUUCUUAAUAGAACAAAUGUUUCGGGUCAACUCAAUGUUUAGGUGUUAUUCGUUCCAAUUCUCAUCACUAGUAUUUUUCGAUUCUGAUAUUCUUUUUCAAUUUUUUAUGGAAUAUGUCGUUCUUCGUUAUUAUUCAGAAUUGAGCGACGUUUUUAGUCUGUUUAAUUGUUAUAUUUUUUCAACGUUUCAAACAACCAAAUCAUAACUUCAAACGUGCCUUAGCGAACCACUUUGGGUGAUAAACAACUAUUUUUGUAUUUUCUAGUUUCAUUUUAUAUGUUUUAAUAAUAAUAAAAAUUAUGAACAAAUAACAAAU